AUCUCUAACUUACAAAACAUUAGCUCUCUUUUGUUGUGAUAUAUUGAUCAUGGCCAAGAUAUCAUGUUCUUAUUUUCUCGUACUCAUGCUUGUGUUCUCAGUUUUUUCAUUGGUUGAAAAGACUAAGGGUAAAAGACAUUGUAGCACAAUCAUUCUUCCAGAAUCUCCAUGUGUCCCUCAAGAUUGUGUUGAGUACUGCUUUGAGGAGUACAAUGGAGGUGGAACAUGUAUUGCAUCCAAAACUGGUAGAACUACUAAUUGUAUGUGUACUUACAAUUGUCAUGGAAAUAACCUUUAAAUAAUUUCCUUAAUAUUUAUGAAUAAAAUUUUUGAAGUUUUCC